AUUAUAGAUCAUAAUCGAUGUUUAAAUUUGGUACGAUUUAAUGUCUGCAAGUAAAAUAUAUGAACCAGCAGAGAGAUAUGUAUACAAGUAUAUUUACAGGCAUGCAGAGAGAUAAAAAAUUGUGAUAAAUAUAUCAAAAUUGGUUAGACUUUGAAAUAUUUAUCAAAGAUGGUAUCAGUAAACUGGAGAUACAUUUAUCCCAUUACGACUAUAUAUCUGAAUUUAACAGUGCAAGUGUUAUCAGAUUUAAUAUUUGAAAAUCGUUAUCGGAUUGCUAUUGGUAGAGUUACCAUUCUAAUACAAGAUUUGGAGGGCGAACAAGAGCAUUGUAAUUACAACUAUAAUCUUACCUAUAUAGGGGACGAAUCUUGUCCAUUUAAAAUGCUACAAAGUACAAUGUCAUUUAAUGACAUAGCACAAAAAACAAUAAUUAAAAAUGUAACCUGUAUUACAUUGCGAGACGAUACGAGAUACUAUACUUUAAUAAAGCAUUCAAAUAGUUGUAACGUACUAACAUUAGAAAUAAUACAAACUGAAAACAUAAACGUAUGCCUAGAAAAAUUAAGUCAGCAAAUUAAUAAUGAAUAUGAGAAAAAAAAUAACGUCAAAUAUUUAGGUAAACAACUCAAAAAUAUUAAAAUUGUUGGAAGUGGUGCAAAUACGUCACCUACUUCUUAUAUUUUAUCUGUUAGUAAACAGACAUCUACAGAAUCUGAUCUAACUCACACCACAAUCACAACUUGGCAUUGGAAUAAAUCAGAACUACAUGCAUUAGCACUUUUAUUGUCCGGCACUCUUAUACUUAUCAUAAUAAUUUUAAUAAGCUUAAUAUACAUGAUUUGGAAAAUGUGUAAACCUUUUAAAGCCGAUCAAAGAAAACAAUAUGGCUAUAUAAAUAUAUAUAGAGAAGACAGUACAACUAGUGACGGAUAUCUAACUCCAAAGCUUGUUCAGCCGCCCCAAUACGAGGAACUUAUCUACAGUUCUCCAAAUCUACAAGCCAAUAUUGAUAUUAGAGCAAUGCGUGACGGAUACUUAAAGUCAAGAAUAGUUGAGCCCCACCAAUAUGAAGAAAUUAUCUAUCAUCCUCAGCAUUCACAGUAUUACAAUCUCCCAGUGGUAUCUUCUUGAACAGACCAAAUCGGACCAAUUUAGAUACGAUCUCAAAGGAAUAAGAAUCUCAUUACCAGAAACAUAGUGUAAAUAGUACCCAAAUAUGGAAGUAUAAAAUAUAUUGCCUGAGGAAAGAAAUAGUAUAUUGUACAACAAGAGAGGAAAAAGACAUAUUUCUCACGAGCGCAGACGUUUGUUAGCACGAGCCGAGGUACGAGGCGAGUGCCGCAAAUCAAGCGAGGGAGAAAUAUGUCGUUUUCUCACGUGUUGGAUACUGUACUUUUUCUAUGGAUGCGUUUUUGUCAAGAGUUCAAUCUUCAAAAUGAAAUAAUUUAGGUGCUAUUAUGUAGAUUAUAUACCAAAAUUGAAAUAAAAUACAUAUUAUACACAUAUAUAGGAUACCUAUACCAACACUAACAGGAUAACAACAGGUCAGAGAUAUAUCAUCUAUAAUAAACUAAUAUCAUACAACACGAGCACAGAAUGAUCAGAAUUUUUUAUUAACUAAGGACACAACAACAACUAACCCUUAAAACAUUCAACUCGAAAAGCGUAAACAUGGUUGAUAACUAUUAGACCUCGACCAAGUAAGUAAGUAUAGUUCCACAAUGGUUGGAAAGAGUAGCAUUAUUUAUCUAGCCUACAUAUUUCUAACACUACAGUCGCCGUUAGUUAAUUCCAGAAUUAAUUACAAAGUUAUGGUAGAAGAAGAUAUUAUUCGAAUACACUCAAAAUCAUGCACAGAUGAAACUGCUGUGUUACCGACUAUGUGCAAAAAAGAUCUGACGUACAUAGGAGAUGCCUCAUGUACAUUUAAAGAACUAAAUGGUACUGGGAGAUUUAUUCUGAAGGAUGCUGUUGUAAACUUAACAACCAAAUCAAAUUUUACUUAUUUCUAUUGGUAUAUACAUAAAAAAUGGCAUUUUUUGAAAAUAAGUUUAUUUAAUGGAAGUUGUAAUGUCUGGGUUAUAGAACAGCAACUUAAAACUUCUGAAGCAAAAGUAUGUCUUGACAAAUUAAGUCAGAACGUACUAAAUGAGCAGUUUCCUCAAAAAAAUAUUUCAAAUGAAAAAGAAAGACAUAGAGAUCGUUAUAGAAUUAUGGUAGACAAUGAAAAUAUUCUCACACACUUAAUUUCAUGUAAUGAUAAAACUACCGUGAUACCGUCUAUGUGCAAAAAAGAUCUUACGUACAUAGCAGAUCAUUCUUGUCCAUUUAAAGAACUAAACGAUAUCUCGAAAUUUACUCUAAAAGACGGUAUUGUAAACUUAAGAACCAAAUCAAAUUUUACGUACUUAUAUUGGUAUAUGUAUAAAAAAUGGUAUUUUUUUAAAACCAAUUUAUUUAAUUCAAGUUGUAAUGUCUGGGUUAUAGAACAGCAACUUAAAUCAUCUGAAGUAGAGUUGUGCCUCGAUAAAUUAAGUGAGAACCAAAAUGAUGAGCACUUACCUCGAAAAAAUAUUUCAAAUAAACAAGAAAUACAUAGAGAUCGUUAUAAAAUUAUGGUAGACAAGGAAAAUAUACUCAUACACUCACUCUCGUGUAAACAUAGAUCUACGAUACCGUCUGUGUGCCAAAAAGAUCUUAAGUAUGUAGGAGAUGCCUCAUGUCCAUUUAAAGAACUAAACGAUAUUCAAGCCUUUACUCUAAAAGACGAUAUUGUACACUCAACAACUAAAUUAAAUUUUACUUACUUAUAUUGGUAUAUAAAUAAAAGCUGGUAUUUUUUGAAAACUAGUUUAUUUAAUUCAAGUUGUAAUAUCUGGGUUAUAGAACAGCAACUUAAAUCAUCUGAAGUAGAGUUGUGCCUGGAUCAAUUAAGUGAGAACCUAAGAGAUGAACAGUUUUCUCAAAAAAAGAUUUCAAAUGAAAAAGACAUACAUAGAGACCAGUAUAAAAUUAUGAUAGACAAGAAAAAUAUUCUCAUACACUCAGUUUCAUGUAAAGAUAAAACUGCCGUGAUACCGUCUGUAUGCAAAAAAGAUCUCACGUACAUAGCAGAUGCCUCUUGUCCAUUUAAAGAACUAAACGAUAUUUCGAAAUUUACUCUAAAAAACGGUUUUGUAAACUCAACAACGAAAUCAAAUUUUACCUAUUUUUAUUGGUACAUAUAUAAAAAAUGGUAUUUUUUAACAACUAGUUUAUUUAAUUCAAAUUGUAAUGUCUGGGUUAUAGAACAGCAACUUAAAUCAUCUGAAGUAGAGUUGUGCCUCGAUAAAUUAAGUGAGAACCUUGAGCAGAUUUCUCGAGAUCAGCAGGUCUCUCCAAAAAAUAUUUCAAAUGAAGAAGAGGUACAUAGGGAUGAUGCAAACACUCAAGAGUCAUCUGUUAGUAAAUUGAUUUAUACAAACACAACAGCAAAGAAAAAUUUAGUUAGUUCUACGAGUGCACCAAGUAUAAAGGAAACUACAGAUAAAAACUGGCUUAAAGGAGUAUUAAUUUUGACAGUGGUUACAUUGUUAUUUUUGGUACUAUUGUUAAUAUGUACUUCAAAUAGUUGUUUAGGAUAUGACUUUUGGAAAAGGAUUGUAUUAAUAUGUUGGUAUGGAUCACAAAAUUACCUAAGAAGAGUGUAUACACAUUUAUGGGAACAACAAAUGUGUUUGCCUAAAAGACCAUAUGUUGCAAAAGGGAGCUUUCCCUUCAAGAUGGAAGAGCACCCGCUUUCACCCUCUCAGUGUGUUCUCAACCGAGAUCAAGGCAACAUCUUGUUGCCCCACUCAAGUGUCUCAGUACGGAAUCUCAGCAACACGCCGUUGCCAGACUCGACUCUCAAAAAUGUAAGGUGUUCUCCAGUACGAGAUCCGAGCAACACACCGUUGCAGUCGGAUUCGCCUAUUAUCAGUGAAAAGUGUGCUCAGUGCUCCAGUACGAGAUGUUUGGAACACGCUCGUUUGCUCCCUCCAAAGAUUUCGCCAAGGAAUAAUCACACCUGUUCCCAAGCUUAGUUGGAUCUACGUUGCUUUCAACCACACCGUUGCCACAUCGCCUGCUCAGCCUGGACAGUGGUGGAAUUUUGAAAAGACAAUAUAGUGCGUACACGGACGUCAGACUGAAAGACUCAUGGUAGCUUGUAAGUACUCAUUCUAGUUAUAUGUAGGAGUUUUCUCUCGAUCGACACUAGUGUUGCAUCCAUUUUGUGUAAGUGUUUUGCUCUCUCUCUCUCUCUUCUCUUGAUCAACAUUGGUGUUGCAUCUAACCGUUUUGUUUGUAUGUUUUGUUUUCUCCUUCUCUUAGGUCUGUUUUGUGUUAUAUUUGUAUAUAUCUCCUCUCAAUAAAUAGUUAGUACUCGUUAAUGAAAGCUCCGUUAAACCAUAAUGUUUAAACAUCCCUUUCCCACUCCCUUUAUUACAGUUACAGAUAGAUAUCCUCAUUAUAUUGUAUUUAGAACCAGAACCUUUAGUAGUACAGCCUCUCUCUCUCUCUUUGUCUAGGACGAUCUUAAUGACGUCCUAUUGUCAUGUUGGGAUCAGUGUUGCCAAUCGGCAGAUAAUUAUCCGAUUUUCCUAUCUUUUUGAGAGUUGUCGUAUCUUCUUCGUAUCUUUAUAUAAAUCGGAUAUUUGCGUAUAUUUUUCAGUGUAUCUACCAAUCUACGACAACAGACUAAUAACAAAAAUAAACUUAAAAAAAUCCGUUUGUCAUUCAUAUAUUCCCAACAAUACAUUAAUUUUCUUUGGUUCCACCCAAAUUUCUAUAAAUAGCCUAUAUUUAUAUUGGAUGCAUGUUAGCGACAUCCGAUAUUUUUCAUGGUAAUUAUCUAAGUGGGGACAGAUAAGAAGGGACAAAAGGGACCUGUGCGAAUUGUCUUGUUUAUAAUUUGAAUGUACAAAUGUUUCCACUUAAGGUGGUAUGACACAAUGUUAAAAUUUAUAUAAUUUUUAGGUACAGUUACCGUCACUAUUUCAAAACCAAUUUUCAACUUGUUGGUAUGUACGUGAACUGUAAACUUUCUAGUUUAAUAGUAUCUAGUUAAAAUUUCAAAAGAAAGCAGUAAUUUUUUUUAUAACUGUACUUAAAGGAACCCAUGUCAUAACUUACUUGGUAUCCUGCCCUAAAAAUUGGAUUUAUGUAAUAAUUUUUGAACUUCUGUACAAAAUAACUACCAUAAAUAAUUAACUAUGCAAUAAGCUUUAUUUUAAGCAAACGUUCAUUAUUCAUACUGCCAUAAUUUUUAAAUUAACUGUACCUAAAGAUAAAAAUUAUACUUAAAAGCUGCAAUCUAGGGAUUUUGUUGAUAUAACCCUAACAAAUUGGCAUUGUUCUAGUGAUAAAUUAGUUCGGCUAUCACUUAAUAGGUGAAAAACUGAGUUCACGUGUCAUUUAGUGGAUGGCAGCAGUGAUGUAUUAAAUGGCGACAGAUGCGCGUUUGCCAAAUGUUAAAAAAAUCUGCAAAACAUUGAAAACGAGUUUUGUAACCAUGGAAAUAUGAAUCACGUGGUUUUGUUUAGAAAAGUGGCCCCCUCCCCCUGCCAGUAAACAUUUUGUACUUUGUUUGAGUUUCAAUCAUGAUAUUGUGACCUCUCUGUGGCUCAGUGGCGUGGUAAGAACGAUACCUUUGGACCUAAAGGUCGUGAGUUCGAAUCUCACCUUGGUGGAGAAAUUUGCAUUUCUUAAAAAUUAAUAAAUGAAAAUAGUUUCUCUCAUUGUGGGAUCGGUACUCACCGGAGGGACCGCAGAAGUUCGGAUACAAUUAGCGUUUCUUUGCAAAAACAAUAAGGUGACCAACUGUACUCAUUUACGGAGUUUUGUACUCUUUUUUCGUUAACUGUACUCUUUUCAAACCUGUAUUCUGAAAGUACUUAUUUGUAUAAUGUUAUACUCAUUGUGAAUGGAUAGAAUGGCUAGUGAACUUUAGAGCAUUAAAUUGUUUCAAAUGGACCCUUCUAAAACAGUAAAUUUGCCUCGCACCAUUUGCCUCGCAUCAUUCGCCUCGCAUCAUUCGCCCCGCACCAUUUGCCUCGCACCAUUUGCCUCGCACCAUUUGCCUCGCACCAGUUGCCUCGCACCAUUUGCCUCGCACCAUUUGCCUCGCACCAUUUUCCUCGCACCAUUUACCUCGCACCAUUUGCCUCGCACAAUUUGCCUCGCACCAUUCGCCCCGCAUCAUUCGCCACGCACCAUUUGCCUCGCACCAAUUGCCUCGCACCAUUUGCCUUGCACCAUUUGCUUAGCACCAUUUGCCUCGCACCAUUCGCCCCGCACCAUUCGCCUCGCACCAUUCGCCUCGCACCAUUUGCCUCGCAACAUUUGCCUCGCACCAGUUGCCUCGCACCAUUUACCUCGCACCAUUUGCCUCGCACCAUUCGCCCCGCACCAUUCGCCACGCACCAUUUGUCUCGCACCCUUAGCCUCGCACCAUUUGCCUCGCACCAUUUGCUUCGCACCAUUUACCUCGCACCAUUCGCCUCGCACCAUUUGCUUCGCAGCAGUUGCCUCGCACCAUUUGCCUCUCACCAUUUGCCUCGCACCAUUUGCCUCGCACCAUUUACCUCUCACCAUUUGCCUCGCACCAUUUACCUCGCACCAUUUGCCUCGUACCAUUUAACUCGCACCAUUAGCCUCGCACCAUUCGCCCUGCACCAUUCGCCCCGCACCAUUCGCCCCGCACCAUUCGCCACGCACCAUUUGCCUCGCACCAUUUGCCUCGCACCAUUUACCUAGCUCCAUUCGCUUCGCACCAUUUGCCUCGCACCAUUCGCCCCGCACCAUUCGCCUCGCACCAUUCGCCUCGCACCGUUUGCCUCGCACGAUUCGUCUCGCACCAUUUGCCCCGCACUAUUCGCCUCGCACCAUUUUCCUCGCACCAUUCGCCACGCACCAUUCGCCCCGCACCAUUCGCCCCGCACCAUUCGCCCCGCACCAUUCGCCCCGCACCAUUUGCCUCGCACCAUUCGCCUCGCACCAUUUGCCUCGCAUCAUUUGCCUCGCACCAUUUACCUCGCACCAUUUGCCUCGCACCAUUCGCCCCGCACCAUUCGCCACGCACCAUUUGACUCGCACCAUUUGCCUCGCACCAUUUGCCUCGCACCAUUUGCUUCGUACCAUUUACCUCGCACCAUUCGCCUCGCACCAUUUGCCUCGCACCAUUUGCCUCGCACCAGUUGCCUCCCACCAUUUACCUCGCACCAUUUGCCUCGCACCAUUUACCUCGCACCAUUUGCUUCGCACCAUUUGCCUCGCACCAUUCGCCCCGCACCAUUCGCCACGCACCAUUUGCCUCGCAUCAUUUGCCUAGCACCAUUCGCCUCGCACCAUUUGCCUCGCACCAGUUGCUUCGCACCAUUUACGCCUCGCACCAUAAUCUAAAGUUACUAUAUAUUAUAAACUAACUUUAAAUUUCUAUAAUGUUAAUAUACUUUGGAUGAAUACAUAAGACAAGUCAUGUAAGACUGUAUUUCAAUCAGAGAAAUAGAGACUUUUUCUUUGUGUCGUUAUAUAAAGUGACUAAUUGCGCGAAUUAAGUGAGAAAAAACUAUUAUUUAGUAGAUAGCAAAAACUCAUACCAGAAACAUUAGGAUUAAUUAUUUUUGCCCAGAAACAGAUUUAGUAUUAGGAUUAAUUAGUUUUGCCCAGAAAUAGAUUUAGUAUUAGGAUUUAAAUUUUUCUGUAGGUUUAGGAGAUUAACAUAUUUUCAAUAGUUGCAAAGUGUACUCUUUUUGAACAAAAAAUAGUUGGUCACCUUAAAAAACAAUGACUUCGACUUUGCAAAGUAACAAGACAUUUACACAAUACACACACACUACACAUUACACUCAUAUGUAUACCUUGGAAAAGUCGUCAACUCCAAAUAGGAUCAAACAACCGAAAUACGAUCUAGAAUUGAAAAGGCCAGAGCAACAUUUAUGACAACACGAGAAAUAUAUUCAUCAAAUUCGAUAUAUCCAUCCCACUAAAAAUAUGGCUGCUAAAAUGAUAUCUUUCCGGUCUUGCUAUAUCGAGCAGAGGCCUGGACAAUAACGGAAACAUUGAUGAAAAAGCUAGAGGAAUUCGAAAUGUGGGUGUACCGACCUAUCCUCAAAAUAUCCUGGACGACUCACACUACCAACGUAGAGGUAUUGCGCCGAGGGGAAAACAAAAAUGAGAAAUCUCUUUCACAAUUAAGAAACGGAAACCUGAAUACCUCGAUCAUAUUAUGAGACAUGAUAAAUAUCGUAUACUGCCACUGACAAUACAGAGUGAAAUAGAGAGCAAACGUGGACCCAGAAGAAGAAGACACUCAUUACUUCAAAACUUACACCAAUGGUUUGGACUAACGUGCCAAUGUCCGUAACGGACGAGGCACAUGAAUAAGAAGAAGAAUAAUUUAAAAUGCAUAGGGAUUACGUACACUCGAUACGCAUCGUAUCCGCCAUGUUUUCCCGUAAGGCGCUAUGGGAAAACAUGGCGGAUACGAUGCGUAUCGAGUGUACGUAAUCCGGGCCAUGAAGUAUACUUCUUCUUCUCACGGUGCUUAUUCGUUCCGGAUGUUGGCGUUCAGCAUGGCUAUCCUAACUUUGCUUGCUGCUAUUCGGAAUAGUCUGUUUGUCGAUGUAUUGAACCAGUUUCUCAGAUUAUGAAGCCAAGAUAUUCUUCUUUUCCCUGGUCCUAUCUUCCCAAUACCUUGCCCUGAAGAAUGAGUAGCGGCAAUCUCUAUUCAUUCCUCAUAACAUGGCCAAGAUAUUCUACUUUGCGCUCUUUGAUAAUAAUGUGUGUUAAUAAUCUAGCAUUCCUUGCCCAUUGCACAUUCUACGUAAGACCUCAACAUUAGUCACACGACCCAUCCACGAAAUUAUUAAAAUGCGACUGUAAUACCACAUCUCGAAUGCCUUGAGUUUUCUUAAAGAAGCUUCGGAAAGAGUCCAGGCUUCUACUCCGUAUAAUAAUCUAGAAAAUACAUAGGAUCUGAUAAUAGAGAUUUUGUUACCAAGUGUUAAAUGUGACUUCUGAAACGAGACUUCAUCAUUAUGAACGCUGAUCUCGAUUUUCCUAUGCGUUGUUUUAUUUCACUAGAGUGGUCCCAUUGACUGUUUAUGUAGGUACCAAGGUAUGUGUAGCUGUUCACUCUGUCAAUUGUUUGUUGGUUAACCAAAAGCCGUAUAUGUAAUAUAUUUCGCUCUUACUGACUACCAUUACUUUCUUUUUUUCGUAUUGAAAUUAAGUCCACGUUCACUACUUAUAUCUUAUAUGCCCGACAUUAUUUUUUGCAAAUCAUCUAGGCUAUCUGCAAAAACUACUGUGUCGUCGGCAUAUCUAAUGUUUAGAUCUAUCUAAUCCAGUUUCCUCUAAGAUGGUUAUGAGUAUGAGCUUAUCAUGUUGUACUCUAUCAAAUGCCUUUUUGUAGUCGAUAAAACAAAUAUAUAGGUACGUCAUAGUUGACAUAUCUGCACCUCUGCACAAGCAGUUGGACAGUCAAUAGGGCCUCUCGGGUGCCUAAGGGCAAGGCAUUGCGGAAUCCAAUCUUUGUCCAUGAUUCUUGUACUUCGCAUUUUUUAUAUAUUCUGUUGUACCUAUAUCACUUUUAAAAAUGUUUUAAGUGGCUCAUUAGGCUAAUUCUUAUUCUGCCUCGCAUGUUGAAAUGAGAAAUGAAAUGAAAAUGUGAAAUUUUCCGAAGAAAAAAUUCCUCUGUGGAAAAAACAUUCAAUACGAAAAAAGUUAUUGUAGUGACGCUGUUUUUCAAUUGACUUACGUAUUUUACAUUUAUUAAAAAUACUAAUUUUAUACUCAAUCUUCAUUCUGAGAAUUAGCAUAAUUCUUUUUUGGUCAUUUAGAUAGGCACUUGUAUUUCAAAUAAUUGCAAAUUUCUUUAGUUUGAAAUAAAUCUUUUUGAGCAGGUAAAGAAUUACAAAUUGCCGUCUGUAAAUACAAUAUUAAAUAAUAAACUAUUUCCAAAUGAAUGAACGUUUAGUAUCUAUAAGGUGAUACAGUAGCGAUCAACAGGUAGCCAAAACGCGUUCCAAGAUUGCGGCUGUAAUUUUGAAUAUUUUUUCGAGAUAUUUGGCACACGUAUUUGUAAUAUAAUAAAGAAUGGCGGUACAGAGCCCAAUUUGAAAAAUAUAUUAAUAUGUGGAAAUUACUCUGUAAUUAAAUACAAUAUUAAAAAAACGAGCCUGUACCGCCAUUAAGAAGAACAAAAAAAUACACUUUCUUCAAAUAAACUUUUUUAUCAGAUGCCUAGAUUUUGUGUCAUUUUGGAACUACUAAUGAAAUAAAAAAUUUUAGUAGUUCCAAAAUGACACAAAAUCUAGGCAUCGGAUAAAAAAGUUUAUUUGAAGAAAGUGUAUUUUUUUGUUCUUCUUAAUGGCGGUAUAGGUCCGUUUUUUUAAUAUUGUAUUUAAUUACAGAGUAAUUUCCACAUAUUAAUAUAUUUUUCAAAUUGGGAUCUGUACCGCCAUUCUUUAUUAUACGAAUACGUGUGCCAAAUAUCUCGAAAAAAUAUUCAAAAUUACAGCCGCAAUCUUGGAACGCGUUUUCGCUACCUGUUGAUCGCUACUGUUUCCUCUUAAUCUAUUAAUGAGAAUUUACCCUAGGCAAGUAAAGAAAGGAUUAAAAACUGUCGUCUGUAAAUACAAAGUACGAUUGAGAGCGAGCUGUGCCGAGCUUAAGUUGCAAUAAGUGGCAUCAAUGCUGUGUCGUUCAGAGAACUAAAUUUAAUAAUAAAAUAUAUGUACGUGCUGCCAUCUAUUCAAAGAAUUGUUAAACGUUAGUUUGCAAAUUCGCCACCUAUUUUGACUAUAGCGUGCUAAUACCCCCUUAAGGCAUACUGAUCUAAUUCAAAUUUCAAAAACAGGGAUUCUACCGUCCGAUUUUAUUUAUGGGUUUUAGUCUUUAAACUUAUGAGUGUUACUGCACGAUUUAGUUUUAUUUUUAUUGUAUGUAGUGCAGUGCUUAAAUAAAGGUCUGUUGAAAUAAGUUUUGGUUUGUGAAAAUACUUUUUUAUAAUGGAUAAAUGGUAAAAUUAAAAAAUGAAGCUAAUAUAUAUUUGUUUCCUAAUUUAAAAAAAGUAUUUUCAUUGCUAUUACUUCUACCAUUUUCAAACGCUAAUGUCAACGGUGUAACCAGGAAUAUCCUAAGGGGGGAGGGGUUACAACUACAUACUGGAGGGUUUCUAGGGGGAUAUGAAAUAGUAAUGGUGUUAAGCGUAUACCUAGAGCUCAAAGUACAUCCCAAUGGGGGAUAAAAUCCCCAAAACCCCAUGGUUACGCCACUGGCUAGUGUAGAAAGGGUUUUCAAUAAUAUAUUCUUUAUAAAAACAGAUAAAAGAAUCCUCUUAAAUACAUCAACAAUUAGGGCUGUAUUGGCGACUAAAGAUGGUGUCGGUAAUACUGGCUGUGUAAAAUGUACACCUUCAAAAAAAAUAUUACAAUGUAACGUAUCUAUGGCAAAAUAAAAAAUAAGACUUUUGUGAUUUAUUAUAUUAUAUUUUUUUGUGGUGUUUUGCAUAACGUACAUACAUGUUUAAGUCAGUUAUGUUUCUACUGUUUUAGUUGUAAUAAAUCUUUAGUUGCUAAAAGAGCGUAGGGGCAAAAUAAUUUUUAAACGCAUUCAUUUUUUUAGAAUCCUGAGAAAACUAACAAAUAUUUUUGAAAAAUGUAAACGCAGAAUGAAAGAUUACAUUAUUACCGAGGGCCAAAAGUCCAUUAGAAUAAACAGAAAGGAUUUUUUGAAUGGAAUAUUUGAAAUUAAAAAUCACACUCAAUUUUCUCUUUUUUUUAUUUUCACCGCUGUAACUUAUUACAAUGAAAAUUAUAGAAAUCUUCAGGGACUUUCGGCCCUCGGUAAUAAUGUAAUAUUUCAUUCUGCGUUUAUAUUUUUCAAAAAUAAUUAUUAGUUCUCAGGACUCGAAAAACCAUUGACCAGCAAUUUUUCGCCUACGCUCUUAAUGUAGUUGUAGUUUUUUUGUAUUGAUUUAUAUAUUUUGUAUUGAUUCUAGUACCUAGUUUUAGAUAGUUUAAAAAAAGAUCCAAAUACUGAAAUAUUUAGAUAAUUUAACACUUACAGUAAUACAAAGUACGUACAAUAUAAUAAUUGUAGGUAAUUACAUGAAUUAAUAAGCUAGGAUUCGAGAUUUCAAUCUAUAAACGAAAAUUUUUAAAAUAAACGGUAAAACAGAAAAUCCAGCAGAUUAAAAAUAAUUAUUCUGUAAUAAGUACUUAGUCUGAUUAAAGAAUAACAUUGGCAAUAGUGAUUUUAAUUACAGAAUAAUUUUCACAGGUAGCGUAUCCAACGUUGUAACCAGGAUGAUCUUAAGGGGGGGCUACAAGUACUGGAUGGUCUCUGGGAGGUAUGGAAUAGUAAUGGUGUUAAGCGUAGCGAGCUCAAGGUACAUCCAAAUGGGGGGGGGGUUAUAACCUUCACCCCCCCCCCUGGUUACGCCUAUGAGCGUAUCUUUUCGUGACAAAUCGGAUAUUUUUCGAGCGGAUAAUCUAGAGAAAUGCGGUUGGCAACACUGGUUGGGAUAGCUAUUAUCUCAACAUAUACUUUAUCAAAAAAAAAGUUUUAUAUAGAAAUUAAAAAACGAAACAAUAAAACGAUUAAAAAUGGAAAAUAGAUAAAGAAAAAAGGAGAAAGUGAAAAAAACUCAAGUAUAUAUCUUUAAGAUAUACAGUAGAACCCCGAUUAUCCGUAAGCGGAUUAUCCGUGCUGCGGAUUAUCCGUGCUAUGGUAGGGGAGCAAAGUAUGCUAAAUGUGCAGUCACUCGAGCGCUUUGGGGACCUAUUGGGUUGUGAAGAGUAGGUCCUAAAACCUACCAGAUUUUUGAAAUAUACACUAUUUUGCAUGUACUUAACUUACCUUAUCUUAAUCUGACAAUUUCGAGUUUUUUUAAGUAUAGAUUUUUUUUCGGCCCCUUUUAACGAACUCCCCUGUGCUAAGGGCCAAUAUAUGGUAGAGGUACAUCUGCAUGGUACCAGGUUUCUCCCUAUAUGCUAAUCUGACGCGCUCGAGUAACUGCAAAAAUCCCCGCUUGGGCUCCCCUACCACUAUGAUUUUCCAUUACCUACUCAAAUUGAA